AAUAUCGGAAUCCGAUAUUAGAUGCAGAUACCUUCGACAAUCGAAUCGCAGCAUUAACAUAGUGUGGCCACCCCAAAAACCAUUUGUGUCAUGUGGCAACCUUACAGAAUAUUUGAUUAGAGUGGCAGCAUUCAUAGUGAAUAAUCUGCAAAUUCAACAAUAAUAUGGCCAAUACUCCAGCAACCUCCAGCAGCGCCGGACCCGUGCUGCGCGGCCUGCACAAUGCGACAAUCAAGCGCAAUCUGGCUGUGGCGCUUGGCCUAACUGCAAUUGUGACAGUUGCCUUUAAGGUUUUGGUCAAUGAUCCAAAAAAAGCUGCCUAUGCUGAGUUCUACUCGAAAUACGACGCCAACAAGUCCUUCGAGCGUAUGAAGGCUGCCGGCCGUUUCCAGUCGUGCUGAACUAGCUCUAGGUCUAGACGGAAUAGUAUAAGACAUGAAAAUGUUGCUGUUGCAUUGAAAACCAAAUACACUUCAAUUCGUAUGUGAA